UUCGGGUCAUUUCCGCAGGUGUUUUACAAGUAACAUAUAGUAGUGCCACGUUUCCAAACUUACCUUACUUACAGUUCAGCGUGUGAUAGAUAUACAGCUAUUGUUCAGUUGCCUGUUAAGAGACAAGUAUCUCCAAUAUGGCUGCCACCUCACUGGUGCUAUUUAUGUGCAUAUGUGCUGUAUUUGCAGCCGAUUCGGAGCCUGGUCCUCCAUCCGGGGUUGAAGAUGUCACUGAAUUGAAAGUAGACAAGGUAGCGAUACCCGAAGACUGCGAGAGGAAGACGAAGAAAAACGAUCUGUUGUCUAUGCACUACACUGGGUACCUCAAAGACGGUACAAAAUUUGACUCGAGUCAUGACCAUGGACAACCCUUCCAGUUCCAGAUGGGCAUUGGUCAAGUGAUCAAGGGUUGGGAGAUUGGUCUAGAGGACAUGUGUGUAGGGGAGAAACGAAGACUGACCAUCCCACCUCACCUUGGUUAUGGGGACCAGGGUGCUGGAGACAAGAUCCCUCCAAAGGCAACUUUAGUAUUUGAUGUGGAACUUGAAAAGAUUGAAGAUGGGCCCCCUCCUCAGAAUAUUUUCAAACAGAUUGACACAGAUGGUGAUAAUGCCCUAUCCCAGGAUGAGGUGUCUCAGUUCAUGGUAGACCAAGCGAAGGAGGCAGGAUCUGACACAGAUUUGGACCCUAAGGAACAUCAAGACGUUAUUAAAUCUAUUUUUGAACAUGAAGAUAAAGACAAAGAUGGAUUUAUCUCGCAUGAAGAGUUCAGCGGACCAAAGCAUGACGAGUUAUAAUGAGUGCUAAUUUAAUUUUAGAAUAUCAGUGUUAUAAUAUAUUUGAAGAUGCAGAGAUGCAGACAUUGUAAGGGGCAUUUUUCAUAUGGUGCUGCAGUCUUAUAGGUAUAACUGGUAGUACUUAUUGUUUUAGGGUAUACAGUAUGUAGAUUAUGUAGGAUUUUCCCUGUAAUAAUGUCAAACUAUCUUUUCCUUCUGUUUGGAACUUUGCACAAUCACUUCGGUCUAAAGGUUUGUCUUUGUAAGAUUUUAAUAUUGUAAACAAUCACUGUGAAGCUUUUAUAGUAAAAAAGUCCCCUAAAAACCUUCGUAGCCUUUAUGAAAAUUGUCAGAAAAAAGUCCUCAUAUUAUCUAUCACUUUGCCUUGUUGAAGGAGAAACAGAGGAGAUAUAAGAUUUAGUUCAUUUUUCUUCAUUCUCCAUUGAAACAUUUUUGAAAGUGCUUUCAGCUGAACAGUUAAAUUGUUUGCUUAGAUUAUUUUCCAAUCAAUUUUUUCAAUAAUUUUAAUGUUGGGAUGUUUUAUUUUGGUGCAUAACUAAUAUAUAUACUCUAUAUAUUUGUUUAGAUAUUGUUACUUCUAGUCAUUUAUGUCCCAAUACCUAACGUUUAGAUCUGUUGAUUUUAUAUCUCUACAGCAGAAAAUACAGAGAAUGAGUAAAGACAGAUACAACAAGAUUGUGAGACAAUUCCAGUUGACUGGUAUAAACAUUCUAUUUUGGGUUUUGUCUGUAUUUGUUUCUUACUUCUGUUGUUUUUGUUGAUUUUCAUCUUCUUCAGAUCUUUACUAUGAAAUAUGAAAGGUUGUAAGGUUGUCUGCAAGUUUGUACUUUCCAUUUAUAAACAUCACUUCCAUUUCAUCAUUGUAAGUGCUUCCAAUGUAUAGCAGUGGUUAAACUACAUGUUACUUUGGACUAGAUUAUAGGCCAAACUCUCAACUCUACAAUACCGUCUGUCUCUUUAUUUCAUAGACGUAUUUAAUCUAUAGAAAUUGUAGUUUAAUUUCAGUAAAGGGAGAUAAUCAAAGUACGAGUUUGAGUAAAGGGAGAUAAUUGAUGUAUGAGAGGAUUAUAUUUUUUUGUAUAAGCUUCCCUUGAAAAUUCAUAUCUUAACACUGACUUAGAUGUAGUCUUAGCAUUUGAUAUAUUUUAAUACAAAAGGCAGUAUUGUGCAUGCAGUAUAGUAUCUUUUUUUUUUAACUUUUAUAAACUUAAAAUUCUGAUUUAUCCAUACCACAAAGUCGAACACCAGUUUUCAAUUUUCUACAUAUUUUAAUGAGAAAUGUGUAAUUUGGAAAUAUUGUUAUUAAUCUCAUGAUUUAAUUACAUGUUAUUGAACCAAAGUUCAAACAUAGUUUAUACAUAUAAUAGUUUGAGGUGCAUUUCAAUUAAAGUUUUUCAACCUUAGAUAUCUAGUCAAAAAAUUUGAUGAAGUCUGGAAGUCACUUGAUCACAGACUUACAUACACAUAGUGGCAUGGUUUCCUUAUGCCAGAAACUAAUGUACAAAAGGUAUGCAGGCACAAUACAGGUAAAUUAGAACUUGAUUUUAGGCAGCACAAAGUCAUGCUUCCCUGUACAAACAAACACUAAGGGUGUACAAUACAAGUGGAGAUCAUAAUCAGUUGCAUACCUGUUUUAUGUUGAAGUCCGUGAUUAGAUAUAUUGUGUACUGUAAGUAGGAAUAAGUACAGAAUGAGGGUAUUACUAUUUGGGUGGAAAUGAUACGUUUUGGGUCAGGUAGGAUGACAUUACAAUACACAUUUUUCAAUAUCGACUACCAUGCAAUCACUUAUCAAUACAAGGUAGCAAUUUAAAGUGUAGUUUUAACACUUACCUACCAAUAACCAACAAAUUAAACAAAUGAAAGAGUGUCAGUCUUUUUGGCUUGUAAUAAAAAAAAAUAUAUAAAUCAUUUACAAUAUGACAGUUAGGAGGUGAUUGUUACAAUAGAUCUGUUUUGAGGGAUUUAUACUUAAUGGUGUACUCUAUCAAACUGAUAUAGCCAAGGCAUAUCAAAAAUUUAAUUGGGAUGCAAAAUAUAUAUAUAUAUAUAUAUGUAUCAAUUGAGAUGAAUUGUUUCAUCGUUAAUUACUACAGAGUUCAAUGUAGUGUACAAAAACUUAAAAUGCUGAAUUGGAUUUGCCCACACUGAUGAUUGGUGUGAUUAGAGAAAUGCUUUAUAUACUGCCCUAUACUCGUGUUCAAUUACUGGUAGCAUUUAAAACAUUCCAAAUGUGUUUCAUUACAGAUACUCUUGUUUUUCAGUCUGAUUGAUGUAUAUAGAGAAAUUAAUUCAGGGAAAUGCAUGAUAAAGUAUUUGGAAUUCUGAUUCAAAGUUAGUGAUGGGUUUUGCAGGUGAAUGAAAUAGAUUUGUAAUUCUGUGGACUUGAACAUCUUUGGAAAGACUUUUGUAAGACAGAAGAUUUUCCCUACUGUUUCCACUUUGUUGUCAUCUUUUGGGUAUUAUGUCAGCCCAGAACAGCGCUAUACAAACAUCAAAUAUCCCUAAGCAGAAAGUUUCUGUUUAAAAUGAAAGCUUCCAUAUUUAUCUGACACCCACUCAUGCUUCUCUGAAGAAUGUUAUACAGAGGCUAUUUCAUUAUCCUUUUAUAAGCCCAUUACCUGACUUUUAAACAGAGAUAAAAGUGCUGGCCUCAGGUCUUAUCCCAAGGUGCUCUGUACUUAUCAGUUUUUGGUAAUUACCUGUGUUUCUGUUGGUGAUAUUGUAAAUCACUGAUUCAUUUUUAUCCAAAAUCAAAUUUUUCUACCGGAUGUAUUAUAAGAACUUUUAUUCAGUUGGUAUUACCAACCCAAAGAAAGUAUUCCAAAAAAAAAAGUAUAUAACCAAACUAUGUAUUACACAAACAUGAUAGGAUUCAUCAGAAUAAAGACAUUCACACAGUC